AUGCUUCGAUUAUGUACAUCUAGGUCGGGAAAUCAACAUGAUGAACGAUCUGACCUCCGAGCUAGGCAGAAUGAAACGACCGCCUUGAAGAGCAUUCAAGAGCAUCGAGAAUGUAAUGAAGAGGGCGAAGAACAUCCAGUUCCGUGCUCACCUAAUCAACACCACAUUCUUUCUGCUUUGACCUACGCUUCAGAAACGUGGGCGUUUUGCAAGAAGGAGAACAAUGCGAUAAACGUCAUAGAACUGGGAAUUGAAAGGGGAGUUAGGAGUAUCCCGCUUUACGCAAGUAAAAGAGGGGACUUCUACUUCACCGAUCGAAGAUCAGAGAUGCUGCCGCAUACGCAAGGAAAGCAAAAUUAG